AUGGCUACGACGAAAGAAAUAACGAGCGGCAAUAACGUGGACGCUACUAGCGAGAAAGAGGCAUGUCAGGACAUGGACGUCGAGAAAGAUGGACCGCGAGCCAACCUGGAACGUCAGCCUUCUGAACCCCCCUACUCUGUCUUUAGCAAAGGCAUGAAGGCAUGGAUCAUCCUACUUGUUUCGAUCUCCGCUCUAAUAUCGCCGUUUGGCGCGUCUAUGUUCCUUCCAGCACUCAAUGUGCUUUCCAAUGUGUUGGACAUUACACCUACACAGGUCAACAUCUCGAUCACGACAUAUAUGAUCGCCCAAGCUAUAGCUCCUGCUUUCCUCGGAACUCUAUCGGACAACAGUGGACGGAGAUUGACUUUCAUCAUAUGCUUCGUGAUCUACAGCAUCGGCAACAUCGGCCUCGCACUUCAAACGAACUACAUUGCACUUCUCAUUCUGCGUAUGGUACAAGCCGUUGGAGGCACAGCUGCUAUUGCAUUGACAAUGGCGGUUGUUGCGGAUAUCUCUACAUCGGCUGAGCGAGGAACUUACAUGGGUUAUGCACAAGCUGGUGUAUUGAUGGGCCCUGCUUUCGGUCCGACAAUAGGUGGGCUGCUGGCACAAUAUUUGGGCUGGCGAUCUAUCUUCUGGUUUUUGGCCAUCUUUUCUGGAGUACUGCUCAUAAUAUUCGUAUUCUUUUUCCCUGAGACUUGCCGAAAAGUCGUUGGCAAUGGCUCUAUACCUCCUCAGGGCGUCAACCGCUCUGUCAUCAGCUGCAUACAAGCGCGUAAGCUCGCUAAGCUGUCGCCCAACGAGAGCACACCCAAACCAGAAAAGACGAAAGUCGCCUGGCCAAAUCCGCUUGCAACGUUCCGCAUCUUAGCUGAAAAGGAGUCGGGAAUCAUCCUACUCUACAAUGGCCUCUUCUUCACUGGUCAAAUGGUUACGAUCUCUGCCAUCCCAGAACUGUUCUACGCUGCGUAUGGCCUUGAUGAAUUGCAUAUCGGUCUUUGCUACAUCUCGAAUGGCGUAGCUUCUCUGAUUGCCUCACUCACUCUGGGUCGAGUUGUUGAUUGGAACUUCAGACGCUAUGCUAAAGCUGUUGGUAUGACUAUAUCCAAAGGCAAACAGCAAGACCUCACCAACUUUCCCAUAGAGAGAGUUCGUCUACAGAUUCUGAUUCCAUGCCACAUCAUUGGUAUGAUCGGAGUGCUUAUCUUCGGCUGGACACUCAAAUAUCGAACACACAUCGUUGGCCCGGAAGUUGCUCUAUUCAUUAUGGGCUUUGGUGUGACUGGUGCAUUUAAUAUCACCAAUGGUUUGCUCCUCGAUCUCCAUCGUGAUAAACCCGCAGCCGCGACAGCAGCCGUCAACUUUGCCAGGUGUAUGAUGAGUGCUGGUGGCUCGGCGGCAAUUAUCCCGAUGUGCCAUGCUAUGAACCCGGGAUGGGCGUUUACGUUCAUAGCGCUGGUGAUGGCUGUAUUGCUUGUGGUCGUCAUUUGGAUCAUGAAAUACGGAAUGAAGUGGAGACAAGAGUUAGCAGAAAAGACAAGGCUGAAGAGAGAAGAGAAGGAGAAGAAGGCAAAUCAAGAGAAGGUUACAAUAAGACAUCAUUAA